AUGGAUCUACUAACUGCAAUUAUUCUCCUGGCUGCUUUGUUACACCAAUCUGAUGGACAGGGUUUUCCAUAUAAAAGCGUGAAAGGUUUCACCUUUCCUCAUUUUAAGUCUCAAAAUGAAAAACAGAUCCUUGAACUACACAAUGAAAUACGGAGAUCUGUAAUUCCCACAGCCAGGAACAUGCUGAAGAUGGUUUGGAGUGACAAAACUGCCAAAAAUGCUCAAAAAUGGGCAAAUCAGUGUGGGAUGAAAAUCAGUCCAAGAGACAGGAGAGUUAUUAAUGGUGUCACCUGUGGUGAGAAUGUGUUACUGUCAACCUACCCAAGGACGUGGGCUGAUGCAAUUCAAGUGUGGUACAGUCAGUCCUCCAAUUUCAAGUAUGGAUAUGGACCAAUCUCAAAAAAUGUCAAUGUUGAGAGCUACACUCAGCUAGUCUGGUACAACAGUUACAAGGUGGGAUGUGCAGUUUCCUACUGUCCCACAGGCCCAUACAAAUACUUUUACGUUUGCCAAUACUGCCCUGCAGGAAAUAACCCAAUGCAAAUAGCUAUGCCUUACAGAAGUGGACCAAAAUGUGCUGACUGUCCUGGCCACUGUGACAAAGGACUUUGCACCAACCCUUGCAAGUAUCAAGACCUCCUUGGAAACUGCAAAAAUCUGAAAAUGCUGUUUGGCUGCAGCCAUUCACUGGUGAAGAAGAAGUGUCCUGCAAGCUGCAAAUGUACCACUCAAAUCAUCUAA